UUGAUUGGAUGUAUUGAUCGUAAGUAUUGAUCUUGUGUUGGGUGUUUGACUCGUCUCUCAGCUCGACUCAGAUGUUAGUGAAGCACGCAGUCAGUAAGAUCCUCUUUGUUCAAGAGACCAACAUGGAAACCAACAGCACUUUCAACAAUCAUAUGGAGCUCAGCAUCUUUCCGGCAGCAUCACUGUGCUCUGAAGAUCUGGAGAUGAUGGUGGUCAGGAGAGAUCGUGAGAUUCUGCAUCUGCGUGAGGAAGUUUAUCGUCUUCAGCAAAUGCUGCAGGAAAUCAAAGAGAGAACAGCCAAUCAUAUUACACAGCUACAGCAACAACUAACCAAUAAAACACAAGAUAUUCAGAUACUUCAGGCCAAGUUAGAUUCACAGCAGGAUUAUAUGAAGAUCAAAGCUGAGCUCAGCAGUCUUCAGACCGCCGGUAACCCUCGUGAUGUGCAGGUCUCUGACUCACCAUCAGAUGUUAACAGCAUCUCAGAAAGACAAAGUGCAGCUUUAUAUGUGCAGCCCAUCGGUGACAAUGAUCCUGUUGUCAAGAUGGAGUUGAAGACACCGGUGGAGAUUGAUCAGGAAUCAUUAAAUGAAUCAUCUGCGGUCAACAGGAGAUCAUCAUCCUCAUCAUCAUCUCUAUACCUCCAAACAGCCAUUAAAGAAGAGCAUGACAUCACUUAUCUGACAUCGCAAGAGUUUUCCCAGGAUUGUUUUUUAAAGCACAGCAUCAGUGAUGAGAGUGAAGUUUAUAACACACAGACUGAUGAGUUUAUGGACCAGGAUGAAGAUCAGCUUGACACCACCAGAAUCACCCAACAGGUGAAAGAGAUCCUUCAGACACACAAUAUCGCCCAGCGAGUGUUCGCCCACUAUGUGCUGGGUCUUUCUCAAGGGACCGUGAGCGACAUACUGUCCCGACCCAAACCUUGGAAUAAACUGACCGUCAGAGGUAGAGAACCGUUCAUAAGAAUCAAACACUUUCUGUCAGAUGCAAACGGCAUUCAAACGCUCAGGAACAUCCAAGAUCGACUGAGAGUGGAAGAGUAUGACAGGAGACCUUCAGGGGAUGGAGAUACAUCAGACAACAUUAUAAGAAACAUUCUUGAGCAGGCCAAACAAGAGAUGAGCACUUCAACUCGUACAACGAAAAAUAUCUGCACUACACAAUGUGACAAUUCCAUGAUGAAGCCGAAAGACGUUGAUUCGGGGAGACUGGAUCCCAGCAGUCUAUCCCGAACGGUUUUUGUACAAAGCAUCAUCCAAAAAGUCCAAAGUGAGAUUGAUACCACAAAACCAUUACACUCUCGUUCUUCUUCUCUCUCCUCCAUUGAUUGCUUUUCGGGUCAAGGUACGUCACAGAUAUUUACUGUUGAAUCAGACUGGAGUAAACAAGGAUUGUACAAUAAAAUGGCAUCAGUGCAGUUGGGAAAAAAGACAACAGCUCUAGAGGAAGUUUCUGAUGAUCGUACUGGUAUCAACACCAGUCUGGACAUCGAGGAGUUAGACACAUUCAACAUCACCAAAAGAGUGAAGGAAGUUCUCACAGUCAACAAUAUAGGUCAACGUCUAUUUGGGGAGGCAGUACUUGGUUUAACACAAAGCUCUGUAUCUGAACUGCUGUCUCAUCCCAAACCCUGGAGAAAACUGAGUGUGAAAGGGAAGGAGAAUUUCAUUCGUAUGAAUCUGUGGCUCCAGGACCCUCGCCAUGUCCAAAAACUGAACACUAUGAAGAUAAUGGGCCAGAGAGCUCAUCUCAAACGUUCUCUGAUUGGAUCAGAAAGCGACACGCAGGGAACGACGUUGGAUGCAAUGGGAAGCAAGCUUGGUGUUACUGGUUGUUCAGGACCGUUUGAUGUGUCCAAGAAGCAGCGUGCUGUUUUCACACCUCAGGAGAAAGAGAUUUUAAAAAAGUCUUAUCAGCAGGAGCCAUACCCCUCUCAAAAGACCAUAAAGUUGCUCGCAAAACAACUAGGCCUUAAAAUUAGCACUGUUCAUAACUGGUUCAACAACUACAGGUCAAGGUCAAGUAGACGGGAUAGCUGUUAUGGAGGAAGAUCCUAUGAACCUGUACACAAAAUCCAGAGUCCAACCAGUCCCAAAAAUCUUGAUGCAAGUUUAGUCACGAUAAAACGGGAACCAGUUGAUGCUAGAAUAGAAGAAGAUGCAGGACUACAAAGAGAUGAAGAACACAGUAGUUAUGUUUCUGUUGGCGUUCAAUCUGACAUGAGGAUAAAGCGAGAGAAAGCUGAUGAGUCAAUGUCUCCUGGCCCUUCUUUAUGGGGGAUGCAUUCAUCUAAUAACUUCAAUACGUAAAGCAAAGAUUUAAGUCAAACAGUAAGUUGAAGAAAAACAUCAGGAACGCAAUAAAAAUCUUAAUGAACUUGCAAUGUCUUAUGCACACAUCUGCACCCUAAUUCAUCACUGAAUGUGAUCCAUUUUGAGCUAUCUGACACUUCACAUGCAUUUACAUUUGAUUUCACUAUUUGAAUUUUUUUAUCAUUUUGUAAAUUCGUUUGAGAAAAUUUAAAUCCUUAUUGUGAAAACAUAAUGAAAAUUAAUUAAAGAAAAAAUAUGUUAAUAUAAGCACUAUUUGUACCUUUAGUUGUAUUUUUCUGAAAGUAAUGCUGUCGUUUGGACAUAUUCAUCUGUGCUUAUUUUUUGUUUUUUGUCUUAAUACAAUAAAGGUUUGCAUUAGAAAUGCAAAUACAUUUUCAAAAUUAAAUUGAAUGAAAAGCU